UGCAACAGGGUCGACAUGACUUUAAAAUGUGUAACACCUAAGAGACUUCAAAAGUUUGAUGGGGGGGGGGAAGCUAAAGGCGGGCUGAGGGAAAAAAAAGCAAGCACCCUGUCAAAAUUAUGCUUUUUCUUUAAGAAGGAGGAAGAAAAAAUCCUCAGCAUUCUGUUGGUGUUGCAGAGAACGUAUAUACAUUCUGUAGAAACCUAGGCUAAUAGGUCUUUCUCCCUAGGAUUGGGCUAAACCAGGUCCUUAUGACCAGCCCACGGUAAACACUUUGCAACGCCGCAAAGACAAACGAGAAGCAGAUCCUGCUGGGGGAGCCCAGAGUGGACCACCAGUGCCCACAGAGGAAGCUCAGAGACCCCGGAGCAUGACCGUAUCAGCUGCCCCACGGCAAGGAGAGGAGAUGGAGGCAUGUGAAGAGCUGGCCCUGGCUCUUGCCCGAGGACUGCAACUAGACACCCAGCGAAGUAGCCGGGAUUCUUUGCAGUGUUCCAGUGGAUACAGCACCCAAACAACCACACCUUGCUGUUCAGAGGACACCAUUCCUUCUCAAGUUUCGGACUAUGACUACUUCUCCGUCAGUGGUGACCAAGAGCCAGAGCAGCAAGAAUUUGACAAGUCUUCAACUAUUCCAAGAAACAGUGACAUCAGUCAGUCUUACCGGCGGAUGUUUCAUGCCAAGCGUCCCGCUUCCACUGCAGGCCUCCCAACCACACUUGGGCCAGUGGUAGUCACUCCAGGGGUGGCGACUAUCCGACGGACCCCUUCCACAAAACCCGUGGUCAGGCGUGGGACCAUUGGGGCGGGGCCAAUCCCAAUUAAGACACCUGUGAUUCCUGUCAAAACGCCAACUGUACCAGAUCUACCAGCAGGGCUGCCCAGUGUGCCAGGUGGGGGCGAAGAAAGCCCUGAGCAAAGCCCUGAAGCUGGCAGUGGCACUCCAGUCCCUGCAGGUGCACCAUCAGUGUGGAGUGGUCAAGCAUCUGUCAACCCUCCAUCCACAAGCCAGAAGCCAACCACCAUAGAGGAGCAGAGACAGGCAGCUCCCGAAAGUGAGGGAGAGGCAGGCGAAAGGGAGAGUCCAAGCAUGGCAGCUCCCCCUUGCCAGCCGGUGCCUCCACUGGGAGGACAGAACCCUGGAGAAGCCCCGCAAGGCGAAGAUAUGCUGAAUGCUAUACGCCGUGGUGUUAAGCUGAAGAAGACCACUACGAAUGACCGCUCAGCACCCCGCAUUUCCUAGAUGCUGGACCACUGCCAGGAAUUACCAACUGAACAGAGACUGAACUACCUGAUGAAAUCAUCUUUGUCUCUCUGUCCAUUCCACUGUACAAUCAAGAUUUUGUAGAAUGCUCAAUAACAGAUUGCUGGAAAAGCUCUAUAAAAUGUAGGGGGAGGGAUGGAAUUUGCAAACUAAAAAGAUUAAGAAGCAACCUCUUCCUGACGUUUCAUUUUUUUGUAAAUACUGCUGAUUAUUAUUUUUCCGCACUUUUUUUUAAACCCGAUUUUUCUUUCAAUUUUUUCUGAAGGUGCCAAAUCCCAUGUAACUUUUUUAUAACUUUGUAAAAGUUUUACACAAUAGAAGGAAGAACUACAAUAAAUGUCAAGUAGCAUAGUGGUUGUGAGGAUGCAAAAGCUUUUAUUUUAUUGUACAAAGGACAUGGCAAGAAACAGGUCCUCACUGAAGUAUAGUUAAUUGUUUUUAUGUUUGAAAGGCAGAAAACCACAACUGAUCGAUUAAAGCAAUAUAAAGUGAAAGAGAGUAAAAGCCUGUGAUUGGUUAACAGUCUUUAGGGGUGUUAGGAAAAGGGGAGGGACUUAACUGUUGCACAAAAGUAGCCUAGCCGUAGCUUCAUGGUAAAUGCAUCCGAAUAAGCCAUAUUGGAUUGCAGUGUUUAAGUAGGGUGUUUAAAGACUUUUGGGCGCUGUCCACUAGGAACAUCUCCUGUGUUAGCCCCAUGAAAAUCUGUUGUGGUGGCUGUAUAGGAUUUCUUGCCCAGGAAAAGCUUCUGUGGAUUGUUUUGUUUGUUCGUCUCCUUUUCUUCAGAACUGCAUAAGCAACUUUCAUCAAUUCAUGCCAUCUUAAACCAAGCAGAUUUAAAAGUUUUUCUCCCUUCACUUUCUGUUCCUUUUAAAAAUAAAAUCUACAGUACAGUAAAGUUGAAGGGAAGAGAGAAAUGUGUAAACAUUGAACAAUAAAAUACCAGGGAGUUAUUUAGUUAUAACUUUAUACCUUUUACUGGCUAUGCCCAGCAGGCUGGGCAGCUAAACAAACAGGAAAAGCCCCAAAUUGUGUGGAGGGAACUUACGGAUCUGACAAGCAACCAGCUGGGAAUUCCAGUAAAACUACAAACAGUUCUUUUAAGGGACCUGUUUUUCUUAACUGGCAUUUUGGAUUGGCUUUUCCUAAAUAGUACAAGAUUUGGGGAUGUGGGAGGGAUGGGAGUAUAUGUUUGAUCUUAUUUAUUACACGGGGAGGGGAUUGACCACUCUUUUCUUUUUUUAAUUAUUCUCAGCAAAGUUUUUUGGGGAAGCUGUUAAUAAAUUUAUAGAGGGGAUUUUCUUUUCUUAAAAUGAAAAUUGCUGUGAUAUAUCCAUUUUAUGGGGUCGGCAGAAAUGUGCAUAACUCAGGCACCACAGGUGUUCCAGUUUUGUGAGUUUUUUAAACAUUCUGCAGUCUAAAUGGAUACCGUCUGCCUUAUCUCUAUACAGGCAAUGCAAGCAGAAUUAAAGAGAAGACCUGUGUUGUGUGGUUGCAAAAAAAUGCACCAGCUACACUGGAAGGAGCUGGGUCGUGUGUACGCACAAGCUACUCCUCCCUAGAUAUUCUGGAGACUCCUGUUGGCUGCCAUCUUGCCUACUUAACCUCUUAUGCUUUAAAUACAUAACUGCAUUGGAUGUGAGAAGUAUCGUAAAACUGUUAGAGUCACUGUGUUCUAUAUACAUUUUCACUGCUGUGGUUGCUUAACACUUUUUAUGUUAAUAGCUUCAUAAGCAGAAACAAAAAAAAGCAUGAUCCUUAAAUUAUAAUCUCUCCUUUCUUUGGAAAACAAGCUCCAUACUACAAAACAUACAUAAAAACAGCAGUGCCUGUGGUAUUAGCCCAGCAUCUUGAUGAAACAGCGGAUGCAUUCUGCAAAUGAUGCUUCAAGAUGCUUACCUUCAAUGAACAAAGCUUUAUAAACCAAUACAAAGGAUGCAAAGUGUCAAAAUCAUUUCCUGGCAAGCUUUGUUUUGAAAUAAAUGGGAAGUUACAUAAGGGCUUGUUUGUGCCCUUGUGUGCAGCUCUCCUUUGUUUCAGUGGGGCUUGUGUAGGAGACAUUCCUGAUGGAUUACUUCUAAUGUGUGUUUAGGAAACCUUUCGGAUGCAGCUGUACUCAGAUUAGUUCUUUAAACACUAGAAUUACACUCAAGUAAAACUUUGAUUAAAGUAUUGCCAAAUUCAAUGUUAAAAUGUGACAAACCACUUCAAAUAGUUUUCUUGGAUUUAUUUGAUUUGAUUUUUUUUUGUGUUCCUUGCCUAUUGUAAAAGCAGUGUCACCAUAUAAAAAAAUGUUUCUAAUGGUAAGUUAUUGUGGUUUAGUUGCUAGUUUGUACUGAGAGUUGACCUCUCUCCCAUGCAGCGUUUUUGUUCUGAACGGCUAUAAAUAAACAAAUGCUGUUAAGUGUGUUGCCCUUCUACAUUGUAAUGAUUGCUUCAGUCUAUAUUAUAAAUAAAUACCUGCUGAUAAACCUUUAAA